AUGCCUCUUCCCUACGUGAAGAAUCCUAUGUACGCACUUUGUCUCUUGGCGGCAGUUUGCGUACGACAGCAUGUCCACAAUAGCAGGUACGAUUUUUCACUACCCAUCAGGAAGCCGAAUACGCGUCGCGAACGAGUCAAACAGCCAUUAACCAAGGGCAUGACGUUGCAAACCCCGACGUCUGUAGUGACGAAACCUAACGAAGCGAGCUUGAAAACGAUCAACGCGAACAAAAAAAUCAGUUCCGAGAAGCUAACAGAGAAUCCGAAAGCUGUACAAGUAGAAGAGGCAGAUUCCCUGGUCAAAUGCGUGCAAAAAUUCGCCAAGCAUGCCCGACGGAUCGUCGAUGACUUUAAGUCGAGCAUACCAGUUUCGAAGUCAACCGAAUAUGUAGAUCUGUUUACGUCGUCGAGUAUCUUAGAUUCGUUGCUAUAUUUAACUAGCUACGGUGGCAUUAAGUGGAUGACAUAA